ACCCCACCUACAACCACAUACACAACCCUGACAUUGCUGCUAGUGCUCAAGCACACUUCAAUUACCCCCGCGGCGUCAAUCUGCCACGGGCACCCUCCUCGCUGGCUAGCGACAACAUUCGCUGUCUUUGACUUGGGUAGCUACGUCGCUAAGAGUUUUGCAUGUAAAACAAGAUAACUGCUUACCAUGUGUGGUGGAAGAAGGCAUGCCCUAGUCUAGUAAGACUGGGUUAGGUUGUGACCAAGGUUAUGUAUGCGGAGGUCUGGGGGUCAUAGUGUGGUGAGACAAAAUACAUAGUGCGGCGAGACACUUUUUUAUUAAUUAUCACCGAACUCCAGCCCAGCUUUUCAUUCCACUCUUCUCUCUUCACCGCCACAAAAAAAUGCCGACUGCCAACUUCCCGCCCGUCCGGGCAUGCAUUUUUGAUAUGGACGGCCUGCUCAUCAACACCGAAGACAUAUACAAGCAAUGCGCCGACAAUGUUCUCGGUCGCCAUGGCCGUCCCCCCAUUCCGUGGUCCAUCAAGGCCCAGCUGAUGGGCGUGCCGGGUUCCAGCAAUGGCGAUGUCUUCCACAACUGGGCACAGUUGCCCAUAUCUCGCGCCCAGUUUGCCCACGAACAGAGUCUAGAGCAAGAAAAGUUGUUCCCGCUAUGCGAGCCCCUCCCAGGUGCGGUGCGGAUGCUGGAAACCCUCACCGGGAAACGCGUCAACUUGGAUGCGCCCGAUGCUCCGCACAAGGUUGGCGAGCCCGUGGUGCAAGUGGCGCUUGCCUCCAGCAGCGAAAGCGUCAGUUACGCGCGUAAAACUGUACGUGCUGGUACGCGGGCGCUCCUGAACUUGAUUCCGGUCGAGCGGCGCGUCUUGGCGGAUGAUGAGAGGAUGAAGGGGGCGCAUGGAAAGCCCGCGCCGGAUAUCUUUUUGACGGCGUUGCGUGCUAUCAACGAGACGUUGCUAGAGGGCCAGAAGAUUUCACCGGCGGAGUGUUUGGUAUUUGAGGACAGUGUUCCCGGGGUAGAAGCGGGAAGGCGGGCGGGCAUGAGGGUGGUUUGGGUACCGCAUAGAGAUUUGAAGGCGCAUUUUGCUGGGAGGGAGGAGGAAGUUCUGGCGGGCCGGACAGGGAUUGUGCCGAUUGGAAGGGAGGAGCAGUUGGGCGAGCUUGGCGAUGGUUGGGCAGAGGAAAUUGGGAGUUUGGACGACUUCGAUUACAAAAAGUACGGGAUAGUGCUCUGAGUUGAGGUGGAUGAGGGGCCUUGGCUCAAUCGGCCCAAGUUGAAUUUGCUACAUAGAGUGUCCAGACCCUGAUACGGACUUGAACCUCUGACCAUCUCACAUCUGGAUAUGGUCUGACAAGUAAUGGUAUGGUUGACCGGAGAGCGUUCACCUUUUGUCUAGUUUGUCCCAAAGCAUCUACGGAUACUGCGGUAACAAUGGGACAGUCGUAACAGACAGGAAGAGAAACGCUUGAUAGCAGAGUUAGGCUAUACCUAAUCAUCGCUAGUACACUUGCUC